AUGUUUGGCAAUGCAGAAUGGAUGAUGCACUGGGGUCAUGACGUUACCAGCUAUGAAUUACCUAUUGUAUCUGAUCAUGCACCUAUGGCAUCCAAAGGUCUGAUGGCUAAUAUAUGGCACAAGCUCAAAGGGUUGAAAGGUGAUUUUAGGAAACUAAACAAAGAAGAAUUUCAAGGCAUUACUGCAAAAAAUUCCCAGGCCAGAAAGGAACUCACCCGAACUCAGGAACAAAUCAGUCACCAAUGUUCCGAUACUUUGCUCCUGAAAGAAAAGCAAUGUCUAAUGGACAUAGAGAAAUGGAAUCUUGUUGAAGAGAGUAUAUUGAGGCAGAAGUCAAGGGCACAGUGGAUUAAAUUGGGUGAUGCAAACAACAAAUAUUUUUCAGCUGUGAUCAAAGACAGAACUAAUAGAAAACAGCUGGUGGAACUCACUUCCCUUACUGAUAUAAAAUUGACAGAACCACAGGACAUACAAGAAGAGGUGAUAAAUUUUACAAAGGGCUUAUGGGAUCUGCUGCUCAAUCGUUGCCUGCAGUGA